AUGGAAGACAAUAAUAGCGUAUCCCCCGAUGAUCAGAAGCUCGACAAUACGUCAACCGAGCCGCAGCACCUCCCCACCCCGCCGUCGACAGAUCAGCCGAAGACAACACAACCGGCCGUCACAAAGCCCAAUGAUGAAGAGUCUGAUUGGGAAGAGUUGGACGAUGUCCUUGAUCAUUUCUCCGCGUCCGCUAAGCCAGGGUCUGCUUCCGCCCGGCCAAAACAGGAGCAAGCGGCUACGGCCCAGCAGCAAGAGGAAAAGCCGAAUUUAGAUCAGUUGCCAGAGCCAGAUGAAGAAGCUUUGUUAAAACAGCUAGAAGCUGGUAUGGCGGAAUUAUUAGGUGGAGGCGGAGGAGAGGGAGGUGGCGAUGGCGCUGCAGAUGGUGAGGAUGACUGGAAUGCUUUGGCGCAGGAGUUAGCGAAGAGCGGUAUGAAGCCUGAAGAUCUGAUGAGGAUGAUGAUCGGGGAAGAUUUAUCGGCCAGUGGCGGUGAAUCAAGUAAAGAUCAGUCAGGCAAACCGGAGGAAACUUUCCAAGCGACCAUUCGAAAAACGAUGGAGCGAAUGCAGGAGUCCGGCGAUAAGGCUACAGCCGCAGUGAACGAUAGCGCAGAUGAUGAUGUUCUUGUUCAGAUGUUGAAGGCCAUGGAGGCUGCAGGAAUGGGCGGUGAUGGACAAGAAGAUGAUGAGGGGUUCGAGAAGAUGCUUAUGGGCGUGAUGGAGCAGUUGUCGAACAAGGAGAUUUUGUACGAGCCGGUAAAGGAACUCCACGAGAAGUUUGGACCUUGGCUUGAGGAGAAUAAGGAAAAGUUAUCCAAAGAGGACUUUGAGAGACACGUUAAGCAGGCGGGCCUCAUGGCGGACGUCAUGAAGAAAUUCGACGAGCCGGGGGUACUCGGAUGA